AUGUUCUCCAUAUUCAACAUCUGGGGCACGUUCAUCAGUGUGCUCUUCUACCUCAGCCUCAUCGUCAGCCUGGCGGGGCUGGCGGGCAAUGCCCUGCUGCUCUGGCACCUCGGCCUGCACAUCAAGAAGGGCCCCUUCAACGUCUACCUGCUGCACCUGGCUGCCGCUGACUUCCUCUUCCUCGCCUGCCAGGUGGGCUUCUCUAUCGCUGAGAUAGCCUUGGGCUAUGAGGACGCACUCUACUUCCCGGUCGUCUUCCUAUGGUUUGCGGUGGGGCUCUGGCUGCUGGCUGCCUUCACUGUGGACUGCUGCCUCAACUACAUGUUCCCCUCUUACUGCAGCCCCAGCUGCCGCCCCAGGUACACUUCAGCCGUGCUCUGCCUCCUGAUCUGGGCAUUGACCAUGCCGGCCGUGCUCCUGCCGGCCAAUGCCUGUGGACUGCUGUACAAGGGGCUGAGCGUGUUCGUCUGCCUCAGAUACCACUGGGUCAGCGUCGUGUGGCUAGGGGUGCUGGUGAGCAUGGCCUGUGGGGCCAGCAUGAUUCUCUUGAUCUGCGGGAACUGCUGCUCUUUGCAGCCACCCCCCAAGUUCUGCAAGGUGGCCCAGUGCCUCGGGAUCCUGCUGUUCUUCUGUCGCCUGCCCAUGGUUGUCUACUGGAGCCUGCGGCCGGUCAUAGCAUUCCUGCUCCCCUUCUUCUUGCCAUUGGCCACCCUCCUAGCCUGCGUUGACAGCAGCGUAAAGCCUCUCUUGUACUACAUGAAGGGCAGGCAGCUCAGGAAGAGGGAGCCACUGCGGGUUGUCCUAAACAGGGCUCUAGGGGAGGAGUCCCAGUCAAACCUUGGGGGUCUAUCCCUGCCUAUGAGACAAGCGUAG